GGUCGACUGGCGACUGGCCGUCGACUGACAACAAACAGCCCCUGCCGUGCUGUGCAGCUGCUCGAGUGCCAAAACCUUUCGGAUGAGGCAGCUGCCGUGAAUCGAGACUCGGAUUCGGACAGACGGACAGUGGCCCAAGCAACGCAGUGUGAGAUGGACGAGGCGAACGGCGGCGCUGCGCCGCAGUCGCCGCACAGCGAGUCGAGCGGCGCCGACUCGACGCUGCAGGGCAGUUGUCUGCUGCUGCGGUAUGCCAGCCAGAAUUCGUUGGACGAAAGUUCGCAGAAGCCGAUGCCCAGGGGCAGCAUCAGCAAGGAUAAGCCCCCUUACAGGAACAUGCACCACACUCAGAGGGCCUUCGACGCCAUGGACAAAAUGAGAAAAGAUCACUUGUUAUGUGAUGUUGUGCUGAUUGCUGAAAAUAUAGAGGUCCCGGCUCACAAAAUGGUCUUAGCCUCGUGCAGUCCGUACUUCAACGCCAUGUUCACCAGUUUUGAGGAGAGCAGACAGGACAGAAUCACCCUUCAGGGGAUGGACUCGCAAGCCCUGCAGCUUUUAAUCGAAUACAUUUACUCUGCCGAGAUUUUAGUGACUGAGGAGAAUGUGCAGGUGUUGCUGCCAGCGGCCAAUAUCCUGCAGCUGACUGAUGUUCGCGAUGCGUGCUGUGAGUUUUUACAGGCACAGUUGCACCCAAGCAACUGCCUGGGAAUCAGAGCUUUUGCCGAUUUGCAUGGCUGUUCUGAGCUGCUGAGCCAUGCGGACGUCUACAUUGAGCAGCAUUUUACUGAGGUUGUAGAGAGCGAAGAAUUUCUCAGCCUGAGCCAUAAACAAGUGGCUAAGUUAAUAUGCAGCGACAGACUGACAGUUCCCACUGAAGAAAAGGUGUUUGAAUGUGUUGUGAGCUGGGUUCAACAUGAUCUGGAGAGGCGCCAGGCCUACCUAGCCGAUUUGAUGGAGCACGUCAGACUGCCCCUGUUGUCGCAAGAAUAUUUGGUCCAGAGAGUUGAAGAGGAGCCGCUUCUCAAGGCCAACCUCCAAUGCAAAGACUUUUUAAUUGAGGCUCUAAAAUACCACCUUUUGAAGGGAGAGCAGAAGAUUAUGUUCAAAUCGCCAAGAACGAAGCCGAGGCAACCUGUCGGCUUGCCUAAAGUGAUGCUGGUUGUGGGAGGUCAAGCACCAAAAGCCAUUCGCAGCGUUGAAUGCUACGACUUCAAGGAAGAAAGGUGGUAUCAAGUCGCUGAAAUGCCAUCCAGACGUUGCAGGGCUGGCUUAUCUGUGAUCGGAGGCAAGGUUUACGCGGUUGGCGGCUUCAACGGCUCCCUGCGCGUGAGGACCGUGGAUGCGUACGACGCCAUCACUGACCAGUGGACUCCUUGCGCCAACAUGGACGCGAGGAGGUCGACCCUGGGGGUGGCGGUCAUGAACGGCAGCAUCUAUGCGGUCGGCGGUUUUGACGGGUCUACUGGAUUGAAUACAGCUGAGGUUUACGACCCCAAAACUCAAGAGUGGAAACCGAUCGCUCCAAUGUCCACCAGGAGGAGCAGCGUCGGGGUUGGCGUGGUCGCCGGCAUCCUAUAUGCUGUCGGUGGCUACGAUGGAGCGUCCAGACAGUGCUUGAGCACUGUAGAAAAAUACAUUCCUGAAACUGACACGUGGCAAUCUGUGGCCGAUAUGACUGCAAGGAGGAGUGGAGCUGGUGUUGGAGUUCUGGAAAACAUUUUGUAUGCAGUUGGCGGCCAUGAUGGCCCGUUGGUGAGAAAAAGUGUUGAAGCGUACAAUCCAGACACAGGAAGGUGGACCCCGGUAGCUGAUAUGGCUUACUGCAGAAGAAAUGCAGGAGUUGUAGCUCUGGCGGGGCAGUUGUACGUUGUAGGCGGAGACGACGGUUCCAGCAACCUGGCAUCCGUCGAGGUGUACAACCCCAAAAACGACACGUGGACCAUGCUCCCAUCCUACAUGGGAAUCGGAAGGAGCUACGCUGGAGUGGCGAUCAUCGAUAAACCAAUGUAGUCGCGUUCUCUUCACUUGAUUGCCUCUUGUUUGCUCCAAUUACAAGAUCUGAUUGUGAUUUUUCAAAUUUAGAAAUUGUCAAUUACCGAUACGUUCUUGACUUAUUUCUAUCUGUGUACUUCUGGCUAUUGUGAUAUGGAAAUUUUACUAUAUUUCCACUCCUUCAACUGAAUGUUGAGUCAAAUACUUGUUCACUGUGGUCUCUGAAACCGCUUUCCUCAAUGUCAUACAGGAAAUGUCUAAAAAAAUAGAGAACUAUAAGCUUUGCGAAAAACUAUUUUAGAAAUUCUUGACAACAAUUUCACCUGAUGCGCCUAUCAAAUUUAUAUUCAGAUGAGCUGCUUUAAGAUAUAAAUUUGCAGUGUAACUUUAGUUCCAAACAUACACGAUACAAUAAAGUUUAUUUGCUAUUAAAA